UUGAGAUUAUACCAAUUUUGACACAAAAUUCUUUGCUAAUAUUUCUGAUGCAUUGGACUAUAAUUCAAGGAUUACGUUUGAGAUGUAUCUCAAGGGGCCAUGCGUGAUUUUAGCUCUGCUAUUCACGGUGUUCUCUGGAGUUUUCGGAGCUCGGCGAGUGAAACGGCAGAUCAUCAAAACGGCCAGCGUAGGUGGACGGAAAAUCCUCGAAUGCAACAUCGUCUAUCCAGGGGGCGUCUACACACCACAUGUGAUCAAAUGGAAUAAAAAGGGAAUAGAUACUCCAGUUUAUGUCAAAUUUAACACAUUUUCACCACAUAUUGAUGAAAGCUACAAAGACCGGAUUCGUUUAGUUGAAAAAGCGUCAAUUGAGUUGAGUAAUAUUAAAGGCACAGACGAGGGAUGGUAUGAGUGCAUCGUAAAUUUUAUGGAUGGAACCGAUACGACAACGCAGAAUGGAACCUGGAUAUACCUCUCAGUUAACGCUGCACCCGAAAUCACUCAAGCCUCGCCAAGCCUGAUGCAGCAACACGUUGGGACCACCAUCACAAUAUACUGUGAAUCAACAGGCACCCCAAACCCGAUCUUGAUAUGGAAGAAAAACGGGAAAGAGCUCCAGGAAACUGAUCGAAUAAGAAUCAACCGGAAUAGAGUUUUCUUAAAGGAUUUACAAAUUGAGGAUGGUGGGGUCUACGCCUGCCAUUUUGAAAAUAUCGUCGGGGAGGCGACGCAUACGAUAAAGGUUAUAAUUGAAGGUGGGACAUACAUAGUUGAACGGCCAAAAAAUGCUUCAGCACGCGAGGGCCAGCGGAUAAAAUUCUCGUGCAAGUCUGAGGCGUUUCCUAGCAAUAUAACGUACCGAUGGUUCAAGGAUAAUGUAGAUAUACAACUUUUAGAUAAUUUAUUAUCAAGAACUACGAUCUAUGCAGAUGGUGGACUCCUCAUCUCCAUGUUGACGAAAACCGAUUCAGGCUGGUAUAAAUGCCGACCAACUAAUGGCAUGGGUAUGGCACCGGAGGCUCAAGGAUACUUAAAUGUAACUUAUGUGCCACGUGUACUGUCCAUGCCUGCCUUUCUAUAUCUUCCAAAAGGGAUGCGCGGCGAGAUCAGAUGCCCCGUCGAUGCAAACCCGCCGGUUACACAAGUCCUCUGGACUAAAAACAAUCAUGGUGUUAAUGUCAUGACCAGCCAGAAGCUGGCGAUUGAUUCUAAUUGGACACUAAUAUUCAGUGCUGUAGAGGAAGGAGACGCAGGGCGGUACACAUGUACUCCAUACAGUGUGCUGGGCACGGGGAAUACGUCUCCAGUUGUACAGGUUUUUGUAAAAGAUCCUCCUUAUUUCACUAAACGUCCAGAUGAGUUUUAUCAAAAACUGCCAAACCAGUCCGUAAUAUUACCAUGUGCAGCUAGUGGUGAUCCCAAGCCGGAAAUCACUUGGAGGAAGGCAAAAGGUAAAAUGCCCGACUCCAAGCGGUUGCUCCAAAAGGAGGGUGACCUGACAAUAUUGGAUUUAAUCAAGGCAGAUCAUGGCUCGUACGAAUGCGUCGCCAACAACAUCGUCACAAGCAUCAUAACAAGCACUACUCUCAUCAUAGAAUCCACCACACCACAUGCACCUGACAAUGUGACUGUAGAGAUGGGCCUCUUCUCAGCCAAAGUCUCGUGGUUUCCAGCCUAUGAUGGCGGCUUUUCUCAACAUUAUGUUCUCUGGUUCAAAGUUGUUGACGAAAACCCAGAGAACUGGAAAACCAUGCGUGUGCUCCCCGAUGGCACCACCAGCUUCACGCUGUAUAACCUCAUCCCGGACACCAAAUAUGAGUUCAGCGUCCUCUCCAGAAACCAACUCGGGGAUGGCAUGUUCUCAAAAGUCGUUAAGGCGAAAACAAAAGGUUAUUCUCCCGGUUUGGUGACCGCUCUCCCAACUUAUGCAUCUGGGACAACAUAUUUCCCUAAACUCGUGAAAAAACAAGGUCCUGCCCCUGGUCCCCCAAGAAGCGUGAACUACAGGUGGAACGGCAAUAACCUUGAGAUUUCAUGGCUUCCACCCAGAAAUACCACUGUUCCUGUGAUGUACUAUAUCAUCGAGAGUUACGAGAACGGGAAAUGGGUGAUGUUUAGCCAAGAGAUUGUCAACAAGACUGUAUUCGUGAUGCAAGGUUUCUUGCCAACCGAGGCUAAUUUUCAGUUCCGAGUGAUCUCCUAUGGUGUGUUGAAUGCUAGUGAGCCGAGCAGUGUGGUGAAGCUGGAGCCAAGAACGGCUGAACAAACAUCAGGUGGCCUGAUCAUGUCCCAAGCAGCUAUCUGGGGCAUAGUCGGAGGCCUCCUUUUCCUACUCGUGGCCGUCAUCAUGGCUCUAAUUGCCGUCAAAUGCUUCAACCAGAGGAGGGAGAAGAAGAAGAAGGUCAAAUAUGGCAACGUGAAAUAUUUUGGACCCAAACAGCUGGAUGCCACCACACCAAAUGCUCUCAAUGCUGCCAAGCACAACAAUAGUAAUAGUAUAAUGACAAAUGCCAAUAGUACAAAUUCUCAUUCUAAUUCAAAUCACAGUGAAGAUCAUGACAGAAGUUCAGGAGUCGGCCGAAGCCACCGUGUGAAACUUUUCAGACCGUUGCAGAAAAAACGUGUUUUUGUCCUACAUAAAUCACGCGAUUCAAUGCGGGAGAAUUUUCUCCCAAACGAUCGCGUUUCCGGUGAAUGUGAUAACGAGGCUAUGCUCCGGGACUUUCCUGACGACGAUGAUGCGGGAUUCCGAACGUAUUCUCCCGGUAGGCGUCACCUGCGGAAGUCACCGCAUGGAUAUCGUGUUGAUCUGGAGCAUCCGAUUGGUCGAAUUGAACGGUCACCUGAUGGUCGUUUCGUGCCGUAUCCAACUGAGGAAUGGAAGGAGUGUCCGAUGGUACAUGACGUCAAUGACAUCAUCACGGAGCCAAAUGUGAACUUUCAACCAAUAAAAGACCGUCCGUGUCAUGAGUACCCGUAUCAUGAUCAUGGUUAUGCUGUCAGGGGGCCUUAUGCUCCGUACGCAGGUCAAUAUGGUUACCGGCCCGGCCAUCAUGAUGGCUGUAGCAUGAUGAGCAACAUGGGGAGUCUGCGUAGUUCUACAGAUUGGCCUAUAGAUGGCCCCAUGUCAGACCCUAUGACACGCCAAACCACUUCGUUGGAUCGCACUUAUCUUACAAGUAGUCCAGACCUGGAUAACGAAAUCAUGCCACCUCUUCAUCUAAGUGAUUUAAGCUCCGUCCUGCCCUCGUCUCAUGAGCGGUUGCGGCCAUACCCCAGUAAAAAUCUUCUCCCAAUGCCCCCUAUCAUGGGGUUAGAUGAGGGAGAGGAGUCCAGCUAUGUCGCCUUUAACCCCAAUAAGGCAGAUCUGCACUUCACCCUUGGUCCGCUGCAACAAGAUUCAGUAAGCGGAGAACUGCUCAUGCGGCGGAUACCCAACGAGCAAAGAUCUAGUUCUUUUGAUACCUCUCUGUAUCCAUCAUUUGAACGGUCAUGUGAUAGCAACUCAGCAUCACGUGACAGGUCAGGUGAUCUCUCCAUACCUAGAUCACGUCAAAGAUCUCAAGAUCGAUCAUAUGAAAGUGCACAUGAUCGUCAGCCUUCAGGUGACAGGUCACGGGAUAGAUCAUUUGACCGAUCACGUGAUAGAUCACAUGACAGAUCCUAUGACAUCUUUUCAGAUGUUCCUUCACGUGACCAGUCACAUGAUAAUUCUGACAUUCCACUUCCAUUUGAGAGAUCACGAGGUAGAUCUCGUGACAGAUUCUCAAGAACUGCACAGUUUCAUCAACGACACCCAUCGCAUGUUGGACAACAUGACAGGUCACGUGACAUGCCAGUAUCACAUGAACAUUACCCCUUACGUGACAUGUCACGUGAUAGGUCACAUAAUAUGCCAGCAUCGCAUGAACAACACCCAUCAAACGACAUUCCAGUAACGCACCAACAUUAUCCAUCACAUGACAGGUCACAUGAUAGAUCGCAUGACAUUCCAGUAUCACAUCAACGUUAUCCAUCACAUGAUAGGUCACGUGACAUCCCAGUACCCAGUCAAUUUCCGCCAGCGCAUGAUAGAUCACGUGACAGGUCACAUGAUCGUUUUUCAGACAUUCCAUUAUCACACAAACGACGUUCAUCACAAGAUCAAUCCAGGGAUAGAAUACCAAACCUCAUUCCACCAGAAUUCAGCGUUCCAUCGAUAUCCCAGGAUUCCUUUGCAUCACAUGACCAAUAUACGCCAGAUGAGUUCCGAGGCAUGCUCCCAUCAUCUGAUGAUGUGUUCACCAUCGACAUUGACCAAUCACCGCCUGUGCUGCCGUAUCAACCGAGUUACCUACCAAGAGAUGUCAGACCUGAUAAAAGAUCUCCGUAUUUGCCACAUUGCCAAGAACUGGGAGGUUUGCAGGCGCCUGAUUCCCAAGUCUUCUAUGAUCCUGAACUAUCAAAGAUAUCUGCCAAGGAGGGCAAAAAGCAGGUGGCCAGGGUCCUUCCGUCGCCCCAGAAAGACGAGGGCUCUGACAGCAGCGGGCGACCCAUGGAAUACACCAGGGACCAACUCCAUGGGACUAUUGAAAGGAUCCGCAACAGUCAGAGGGCGAGGAAAGUGCGUCCUCUCUCUAGUGAUUCUGCUUUGGAUGCAAUUGCACGCCUGAGAAAUCGAUCGCCUUCUGCCAAAAGGAGACCAGCAUCGAGCAAUGUUUCACCCGAUCGGGGUUCAAUGUAUGCAGCAAAUAUUGCCCCGUAUAAGGAUUAUCCAAUCAGGCGGACCAGUAGUGCAAGUGUUAGCUCCGGUCUAGGAAGUGGUGUAGGUUCUAGACAUGCUUCUGUUGGGAUGUACCCAAAUGGUGCUGUUGCCCCUGAAAGUUUGUACCCUAUGGGCAUGGACAUGCCCGACACUAGUCACAGCAGUACAAGUGGGAUCGGGAGCCGUAAUACAUCCAAUAGUACUGCAUCAGCCCUGCCCCCUGGUGACAACAUGCAGCUACAGCUUGGCGUGCUCCUCAAACCGCCAGAAGAUGUCAGUGACGACUCGUCCAUGUUUUCUAUUGAGCCUCCGCCGUUAGGCCGCGAUGCAUCAGUUGACGAAAAUUACGAAUUUGACACGGAGAACGGUUUAGAAUCGGACAUCUUGGAUAUCAUUCGUCAGUACCAUCGGCCAAGGCAGUUGUCCUUUGAUGCAGAUAGAGGGCUCCCAUCACAGGUUCAGCCAUUAAGCCCUGAGGAGCGCUGCGACAAACUGCGCGAGGAAUUCCGUGAGUUUCGCCGUCGGCAAAUUAGUGGCGAAAUUGGUAAAGAAUCAUCUUUGUGACCUCAACAUCACUGCCAUUAAGAGUUCAUUACAUGUUGGAGUGUGCGAAAAUAAUGUGUGCAAUUGGGUAUAAAUCACUGCAUUAAUGCACAGCUGUUUCAGUGGAGCGACAACGAUGAAAUUGACUUGAGAAGAAUAUCACUGCCAUUUCACUGCCAUGUUUAUUUGACACCAUAGGCUACAAUGCAUUUCAUACCUGACAAAAAACAGUUGAACUGGGAUGUGAUAAGGGUCCGUUGCUAGUCCUGCACACAAUACAAUCAUCUGACACAUUAAGCCUACAUUACACAGUACAGUUGAUACCCAUCACAAUACAGUUGAUAUAUGUUUAACCCGAGACAAAACAGUUGAUUCUAUAGACACAGUGCAGUCAAACCUGGCACAAUACAGUUGAUACCCGGCACAAUUAUACUGCUGAUACAUGACACAAUACAGUUGACAAUACAGUCAAUCUUACACAAUGCAGUUGCUUGAUACAUACACUAUACUGUUGCUACCAGACACAAUACAGUCAACACAAUAUUAACACAUGACACACAACAGUUCAUACCUGAUGGGAUAUAUUUUACACAAUAAGGAUGAUAAAUUAAGCAUUUGAUUCAAAUUUUGCUUCUAUGUCUCAGAAAUGUGCUAGUUUAGAGCGAUUAUGUUUUUCUGUCUUACUGAAUAUUGUUGUGAACGUACGUGGCAGACAAGAACUGGUGCUAUAAAAUCACAUUCGAACAUGAAUCCAAUCUGAAUGUAAAAAAAUAUCCAAAUCAUCGACUGUGGGAUUUAAGUGACUUAGGUGAUGGUGUUGUGGCUUGGUUGUAGGAGGUGUCUUCCUCCUUGAAGACAGUACAGAAAUGAUAUAAAAGUUUCCAAAGACUGAGAGCAGAACAGUCGGGAGCCAUAUCAGCUGUCAAGCUAGUAAUCUGGCAUAAAAUGGAGUUUUUCAUUGUAGCACUAGAUUCGAAAGAAGUUAUACUGGCUCCUGACCGCUUUGCAGUAAAGAGACAACAGGUGCUGUCGACUCACCAUGGUUAAGAUUGAAAGGUGUAGGCGUUAGAGGUAUUGUCAGUAUAAUGUGUACAGGAUGAGGAAGAAAGUGUCUCCGAAAAAUGUUUUCCAAAUUUGCUUGGCAUGCGCUCUUUUUAUCGGAAUGAACCCAGCAAGUGAACCUGACACUAAUAAAGUUGUUUCACUGCUGCAACAGUUUUUUGAAUAGAUAAGGCAUGCAUUUGUCAAGCAGGUGGAGGGGGGGGGGGCUAAAUAAUGCAUCUUUUCACGUGUGUAAAUAUGACCAUUCAUCACUGUCUGCAGAAACAUAUUUAACUCCCAAUUCUUUUGUGUCUAUAUCUAAGUUUUCUUGCACCACUUCAAACGAAAGAUGUGAAUGCGAUUUGGGGAUAAUAUUUUCUGAAUUUCUCAAGAACAGCCGGGGUCCUAUAUAGGGUACAACUUGCACUAUUAUAAUCAGUCAUUUCAUCUGUCAGACACCACAUCCCUGAUACAUUGAGUAAGACUUUUGCCUCGUUUCAAGUUGCAUAUCAGCUCGUUCUGCACUUGUGAAAUAAAAACGGGCAAGAUCGACUAGAAUAAUUUUAGCAAUUGACUAUUUAUUUUGUGAAUAUUUAUUCUCUCAACUGUUCAUAUUGUGUAGAAUUUGUCAAGGCGACUCAUAAGAUUAUAAUGUGAAUGCACGAAUCAUCGCCUUCAUAUUGGGUGAGAAUUUUAUACAGGGCUUUGGUAGAAAAUGUUGAGUAAGUCUUUUGCCUCGUUUCAAGCAGUUUGCAUAUCAGCUCGUUCUGCACUUGUGAAAUAUAAAUGGGCAAGAUCGACUAGAAUAAUUUUAGCAAUUGACUAUUUAUUUUGUGAAUAUUUAUUCUCUCAACUGUUCAUAUUGUGUAGAAUUUGCCAAGGCGACUCAUAAGAUUAUAUUGUGAAUGCACGAAUCAUCCCCUUAAUAUUGGGUGAGAAUUUUAUACAGGGCUUUGGUAGAAAAUGUUCAGUAACAUUUUUCAAAGGAUAUACUAGAAGGUAUGAUAAUGUUUUUAUAUUGUAUAUAAUGUACAUGUACUGCCACUGGUAUCUUAAGUUAUUUUACAGUCUACCUCCAACUUCGAUUUACUUAUCAUAAUUUGUAUAUUUCAUCUUUUCUCAGCAGUUCAAUUACCACUUUUCAUUUUGGUUGCAGAAGCUCCAAAACAAUGUAGGGGAGGAGAGUGUCGGCACUGGCCACCGUUUUGACCAUAACAAUGAUACAUUCAAACAUACAUGGCAACCACUUCAAGAUUCUGGCAUUCCCCUGCUAAAACUGAUACAAGGCAUAGGUAAGUGGCAUCCAGGGGGGAGGGGGUGCAAAUUACCCCCUUUUUGGGAGAAUUUUGAAUUUGACCAUUAAAUAUAAUUUUUUGGGAGAACGCCCCUCCUCAAUCAAAGCCACCUCCCCUCUAAAGUUCCUGGCUAUGCCAAUGCCAACAUGGGGUAGGUUGCUUUCUUCCUACUCUCGUCACUAUAUGGUCAAAAUGGUACCUCCGACACUCCACUGCAUUCCUGACAAAUACACAUUUAUAUCUCCGCUUUUGGUCGAUAAAGGAAAAAACUUCCCUCUGCAGCACAUUUGAGAUUUUUUAUCAAGAUUUCUUUCAAAUGGUGUUCAUUUUGAGCCGCUACGCCACUGGCUAGAAAAAAGCUCACAAUUCCGUAAAUAAAUGUAGGAGCUGAAUAGAAAUAUCAACAUUGCCGUUGAAAAAACCUUCCUCUGCAACACAGUUGAGAUUUUUUGUCAAGAUUUCUUUCAAAUGGUGUUCAUUUUGAGGCGUUAUCGGUUACGCCGCUCGUUAGAAAAAAGCUCACAAUUCCGUAAAUAAAUGUAUGAACGGAAUAGAAUUAUCAACAUUGCCGUUGUAUGAUAGCUGUUGUGUAGACAGAAAUACAAAUACUGUAAUCAAGGUUUCAAAGUUGCAUGCAUGGUAACUGCACUACAGCAUUGUGUACAUUAGCAUUUCUAUUUUCCUGACCCACAAUGAAAUACGACUGGCGUACCGGCCCGGGAAAUAAUUUAGAUAAUGGUGUGAACCAAAGUUAAUCAGCGUGCGUUUUAUAAUUACAGUAAUAUUUAUUACAUCUCGAGGCUGAUCUUAAAUUCUCCAAAAUGACUGCUAGUAAGACAAGAUGAAGGUGUUCUGAGUGAGUUACACUUAAUAAGAUUAUCACUUUUGUUCCAGAAAGUAAAUUAACAAGAUAGCUCUUUUCGCUGUUGGUACUUAGGAAGAAAGAUUUACUAACCAAUCAUAAGAUAACCCUUCAGGGUUGAUAAGCCUAGGGUGAUGCAUGUCUUCCCUUACCUUGGGGGGGGGGCAGUACUAGAUACAUAUUCAACGAUACAUAACAGCUAGGGCAAGUGCGUUCAUUGUUCAACGUGAAACAAUUUAUUUGGGCCAUGUAUGCCGACUUAAUGCUUAUUGUCCUCUUGUAAUAUUUUGUGCAGCUUGUAAUGUUUACAACUUCACCCAAGAAAUAGCUGUGGCUGCCAAUUGCGUACUUGCGGGUAAUCUGUUUCACUCCAGACUGAAACUUGGUGCUGAAAAAAACCUGUCACUUCUCGAGAGCUUUGCACUCUUAGAAAGGUUUUUCGGCCAUUACAAAUAUGCUCCCCAAAGAGAUUCGUCAGAAAAGUGAAAAACUCUUGGAGACUCUUCUCAAUCUCAAAAAUAUAAUUUGUUUAUGUUACAAAAACUUCUAAAACCCUUUUUAUGUUGGCCCAAAAACUGAAGCCCAAAAACCUCAAUUUCUAAGAGUGUGUAGGUUCUCGCCUGAUUUGUGGACAAAUUCCUUAUCAAGGCCUUGAAAGAUCCAAAUCUUUAUCAUACCGGUAAUUUUGUCUUCUGUCCCUCGCAUUUGUGGUCUACUUCAUUUAUAUUGAUAUGAGUUGUUUUUAAUUUCAUCGGUUUUGAAUGCACUCAUUUUUGCAUCACAUCAUUAAUCUCACGGUCCGGCUAGAUUUGGUCACAAGAAACGUACUUAAGAAAUGUAAAAAGUGUAAAUUAACCAGUAGGGCGGUUGAGUUAAAUAUUUUUUCCAGAGGUGCAUUGUAAUGUACAAACUAGUACAUGAUAAUUAUUUGUAAUUUGUAAAUUGAGGCAAAAAUGCAAAAGGUCGAUUUCAAAUUUUGUUAUACAUGGAGCGGAAUUAGUAUUAUCGU